GGUUUUCGGCUAGAUUCCAAAGGCUCCUAGCUGCCAUGCAUGAGAGAGUUGAAUUCCGGCGGUGGUGUGACCACCAUAACCUGUGUUAUUCCCUUCAGCUCACCUCAGCAACUACGUCAGAUCAUCCAUUUGCCUAAUCCCACUACACCACGCCUUCGAACAAUCAACUCCCAUUCCAGUUCCGCAGUUUCCGUGUCGGACACCUCAAACUACUCCUCACCUUCACCUCGCUCACCGGCAGAACAUAAAUAUCCUAAAUCCAAGUUCCUAACUCCGGGAGAGGCAAUUCCGAGGCGAUUACAAUGGCCUCGUGGAAUUCGACUCCGCUGGAAAUCAUAUCUCAAGUAUUCGGAUGGUCGGCUUUCUUUUGCUGGUCCGUGGGUGGCUACCCUCAAGUCAUUUUAAAUUACCGAAGAAAAAGUGUUGUGGGGUUGAACUUCAAUUUCGUGGUGCUCAACUCGACGAAGCAGUUGUCGUAUUUGAUAUACAACGCGGUUCUCUACUUUAGCCCUGCUGUCCAGAGGCAGUACCGUGAGAAAUAUGGAGUCGAACAGAUGAUACCUGUGGCUGCAAAUGAUGUUGCUUUCUCAAUUCAUGCUGUUGUCUUGAUAGCAUUUACUUGGUUCCAAAUUGCAAUCUAUGAGCGUGGAACUCAGAAGGUUUCCAAGAUUUCCAUUGGAAUUGUUUCUGCUGCAUGGUUAUCAGCUGCAGUUUGUGUGAUCAUAGCUUGGCCAAGCCAUUCUUGGCUUUGGCUGAUUUCAGUCUUCAACACAAUACAAGUUGCUUUGGCGACCAUCAAAUACAUUCCGCAGGCAUUUAUGAACUUUCGGCGAAAGAGCACAGAUGGAUUUAGCAUUGGCAACAUUUUAUUCGAUCUAAGUGGAGGAGUGGCUAAUUAUGCACAGAUGACAGUGCAGUCUAUCAACCAAGGUUCUUGGGUGAACUUCUAUGGAAACAUAGGAAAGCUCUUGAUAUCUCUGGUAUCAGUGUUCUUUGACCUUGUCUUCAUUAGCCAACACUACUUGCUAUAUCCUGGGAAGAAAGUGGGUAAAUGUCCUAAACUUGGUGAUGAGAGUAGGGAGCCACUUAUCAAGUCCGUUGAUCACCCACAGUCAGAAAAUGUAUAAUGUCUAGUUGGCACAAAUGUAUUCUAAUCUUCAAGAAAUGUGUAGUUUAUUGCAA